CCCCCUCAAUGCCCUGUGCUUUGUCUCCAGCCAAAAGAGAGACAGAAACAGUAAGGGAGACAGAGAAAGAGAAAGAGAACAAGAGGCUGAACAGAACUGAGUUUCCAUUGGAAAGGUACAUAAGACCAUGAAGAUUUGUCUUGAAUUAUAUCUUCCUGCUUGAACUUUUUUAGUUAUUUUUUUUACUUUUUCCUGCACAGCUUAUCUGAUCUGAGUGUGUGAGAAUCCUAAUAGUUUGUGUACAAGAUUAAUACCCGUGCACUUGUGUAGUAGUGACAGCCAUGAGAACACCCUGGUUGGUAGUGCUUGUGUGUUUGAGCUUGGCAGCUCUUGCCUGGGCCAGGAAAGGCCUGGAGUUCCCCCGCUAUGAUGGCAAGGACAGAGUGCUGGACAUCGACAACAAGAACUACCGCAAAUCUUUGAAGAACCACCAGAUGCUAUGCCUGCUCUACCAUGCACCAGCUCCAACCAGCAAGGAGCUGCAGAAACAAUUCCAAAUGACUGAACUUGUGCUGGAGAUGGCUGCUCAGGUCUUGCAGGAAAAAGACAUCGGAUUUGGAAUGGUUGACUCUGAGAAAGAUGCCAAGGUCGCUAAGAAACUAGGUCUACAAGAAGAGGGCAGCGUCUAUGUUUUUAAGGCAGAUCGUGUAAUUGAGUAUGAUGGACUACUUUCUGCAGACAUCCUUGUGGAGUUCCUGCUGGAUCUGUUGGAUGAUCCAGUUGAGGUUAUUGAUAAUGCUUUAGAGCUGCAGGCUUUUGACCGGAUGGAAGAGGACAUCAGAGUAAUCGGCUACUUCAAGAAUCCGGAGUCAGAGCAUUUUCUGGCAUUCAAUGAAGCUGCCGAGCAGUUCCAUCCGUUCAUCAAAUUUUUUGCCACCUUUGACAAAUCUGUAGCAAAAGAGUUGACUCUUAAGAUGAAUGAAGUAGACUUCUAUGAACCCUUUAUGGAAGAAGCAGUCACCAUUCCAGACAGACCCCAUACUGAAGAGGAACUUGUGGCAUUUAUCAAUGAGCACAGGAGAUCAACACUACGAAAACUGAGAGCUGAAGACAUGUUCGAGACUUGGGAAGAUGACCUGGACGGCUUUCACAUUGUAGCCUUUGCAGAAGAGGAGGACCCAGAUGGCUUCGAGUUCUUGGAAAUUCUGAAAGAAGUUGCACGAGACAAUACACAGAACCCUAACUUGAGUAUUGUUUGGAUCGAUCCCGAUGACUUCCCUCUACUACUUCCAUACUGGGAGAAAAUAUUUAAAAUUGACCUCUUCAGGCCUCAGAUCGGAAUAGUUAAUGUCACAGAUGCGGACAGUGUGUGGAUGGAGAUGGAUAGUGAUGAGGAUUUGCCCUCUGCUGAGGAACUUGAGGACUGGAUAGAGGAUGUGCUUUCUGGAAAGGUUAAUACAGAAGAUGAUGAUGAUGACGAUGAUGAUGACGAUGAUGACGAUGAUGACGAUGAUGAUGAUGACGAUGAUGACAACGACGAUGAUGAUGAUGAUGAUGAUGAUGAUGAUGAUGAUGAUGAGUAACCUACAAACAUGAAUUCUGUUCAAUCAAAAAUUGGCUUUUACUCACUCAAGGACAUCUAUAUCCUGUAUGAACACCUUAGUACCAUAAUCAUUUUGCACAUUUUUGUGCACAAUCUUACUAAAUAUCAAACUUUUGCAAUGAACUGAACUCCGUGUCCAAAAAUUACUGGCAGCAUUAAUAUAUCUGAAAUAUAUAAAUGUUUAAUUUAUAACAUUAAAUGUUUAAUUAGGUUAUUACUUGCUCAGGCUGAAUUAAAAGAAAUACUCCAAAAUAAACACCAUGAUUCAGGGAUCCUUUAGAGCAUUAAAUAUUUUUAAUGGUUAAAAAAAAAUUGUGGCGAUUUAAACUUGAAAAUAAAUCAAUUAAUUUUAAUAAUUAUUAAAUGCCAUAUAUUCUGUUUAUUGUUCUCUCGUAUGUCAUGCUGCUCUUUGUGAAAUCUAUACCUCUUUACCUGACGGUUACCUUAUGUUCUGGUCCAUUUGGAAAUUCCUGACCAGACUGGAAGAUGAAUUGAAAAGUAAAACUAAUUUGAUUUCAUAGUAGUUUUAAAAUUUGUCUUAAAAAACAUUGGUUUAUUUUAUUCCAUGACUUGAAACAUUUAAGAUGACACAGACUCAACAAAACCUAUAUACAGUGUGAUUUUUGUUCAUCUUCAGCUAAAAACAGGAAUUCGAGGCUGACAGGAGUAAAAUCUGAUGUUGUAGCCCACCCCCCCUCAAUGUACAAUAUUUUGUGGAUGCUGAGAUACUGUUCUGCUUACCAUGGUUGUAAAGAGUGAUGAUAUAAAUUACCAUAUCCAUAUGAAUUGUUGGCCUCAUUCGAUAACUGCAAGGUGUUCCAAAUAAAGUGGAUGGUGGGUGUACAUACUGUACACACUACAUUAGCAACACCACUAAAACUGGGUAAAGACUCCUUUGCUGUCAGAAAACACUCAAUUCUUCAUGGCCUGGAUUCUAUGAGAUGUUGGAAACAUUCCUUCAACCUGAGAUUCUGGUCCAUGUUUAGAUGAUUGCAUUGCACAAUUCCUGCAGAUUUUUCAGUUGAACAUGUUCAUGAUCUACUAGAUUGAGAUUCAGUAACUGGAAAGAGCACUGAUGAACCCUGCUAUCAUUGUCAUGUUCACAAGACCAGUUUGAGACUACUUUUGCUUUGUGACAUGGUGUAUCAUCAUGCUGGAUGUAGCAAUUAGAAGAUGGUAAAUUGUAGCCAUGAAGGGAUAAACAUGUUAAGCAAUAAUACUCAAAUAGUCUGUAGCAUUCAGGUGAGGAUUAUUUGUUAUUAACAGACUUAACGUUUGCCAAAUGUUCCCCACACCAUCACCUCCACCAGCCUGGACUGUUGACACUGGACAUGAUAUACUUAACACAACAAAUUAUAAAGUAUAUCCCUUAUUUUUUCACAGAUAUUCAGUUUUAUUAGAAACCAGGAUGAAAUUCUCUUCUAAGAGAUGCACGUGAUUAUCAGAAGAUGAAGGGUGUAAGAUCUGAAAGGAGUUCAUAUUUAUGAUCUCAGAGAAAAUGUCAGGUGAAAGGGCAGAUAGCAGAAAUAAAAAUCAAUACCUUUAUAUGAAUAUAUACAUGCAAGUUACAGUAAGAUGUUUGCACAUAUAUAAAUUAAAUUUACACAGACAUAUGUACACAUAAAAUAUUAAUGUAAACAAUAUAAAAUAAACAGGUCAAUUUUACAAAACAUUUUUCCUAUUGUUAGAGAAAUUGGCAGGAUAAGGUGAUGGCUGCAUAAUUCUUCACAAAUGGUCAACCCACAAACAUGUCACAUGUCGCAUCAUAUACCAUCACACAAAAAGGACACAGGGAAUAAAACAAAUUCAUAAUCCUAUAAAUACAUGUAUAAAAGAGUUUUAUGGGCUGUAAAAGUUUAUUAGGUAGUUGUAGUGCGGCAUUCGAUUUAUUAAUGAUCCUUUUGGUGAAAAAGUUUUAAGCCCUCUUAAAUCAAAUGGUUUAUCAAAACGGUUUAGGCAGCAUUCCUGGGGUUGUGUGUCCUACAUGGUUUGUAGUUUCAGCAUAAUGAUUAAAUUACAGAAAUGACAAAAGUCUUGAGGAGUUUUUUGUGCACUAUGAUGACACUUGUCUCUUGUCUUCUACAUAAAUGUGGUAUUAAAAUCAUUCACCGUUUCAAAUACAUUUGAACUGUAGGUAAUGUUUCUAAUGUCGCUCCUCCUUCCUAACUGUCUAUAUUGUUUGACUGGCUGGAAAGCUACAAGACAUAUACUGUAAGACAGCACUUCCUAAUGAUCACAGUUCUGGUUUUACACUUCUGCUUGAUUCCUCCCUUAAUAAACAGCAGCCUUUAGUUCUUAAACACUGCACAUCACACAUACCUACACACAAAACACACACUCUCACACUUGCAAAUACAAGUAUCUGUCUUGUACAUAAAUACUUUUUUUUUUCAUUUUAAAAA